AUGUUAUCCUCCUCUUCUUCCUCAUUAUCCAAUAAUGAAGAAAUUAAUAUUAGAAAUAGUAAUAAUAAUAAAAUUCCCAAAGAUUUACUCAAAAGUAGUAGUUCUGGAUUAAAUUUUUGUAAUAAUAAUAAUAGUAAUAAUAUUUUUAUAGUAAAAUCAGAUGAUUUAUUAAACUCACCAAUUUCAACAACUCCUCCAAUAAUUCAAAAUAAUAAUAAUAAUAAUAAUAGUAAUAAUAUAAAUAAUAAUAAAAAUGAAAAUAAUAAUAGUAGUAAUAAUAAAAAUGAAAAUGAAAAUGAAAAUAAAAGUGAAAGUGAAAAUAAAAUUACAAAAAAUUCAAAUGGAAAUGGGUCUUAUUAUUAUUAUUAUAGUGUGAAUACAAUUUUGGAUGACACAAAUAAUGAAAAUAAUGAAAAUAAUGAAAAUAGUGAAAAUAAUAAUAAUAAAAACAAUAAUGAAGAAUAUGGAAAUAUAAAUAAUGAAAAUGAUUUUAAUUAUUAUAAUAUUAAUAAUAAUAAUAAUAAAGAUAAUUUUAGUGAUAAUAAUAUAAUAAUUUUAAAAGAUUCAAAUAAUAUAGAAAUGGAUUAUAUAGAUUUAAAUAUUUCAAAUAAAAUAUUAAAAAAAAGUUUAAGCUUUCUUCAUAAUAAUAAUAAUAAUAAUAAUAAUAAUAAUAAUGACCAAAAUACAACAACUCAAAUUAAAUUAAAACUUUUAUCAAUAUUUUCAAUUAAAACAUUUAAAACAAUAUUUUUAGUAUUUUUAAUAUCGAAUUUAGGUUAUAGCACAUUCUUUUCAUAUACAUCACCUGAAGCAUUAUCACAUACAUUUUAUGAAACAUUUUCAAUUUCAUCAUCACAAUUUAGUGGAUUAUUUAUUUUAUAUGCAUUACCAAAUGUAUUUAUGGUGAUAUUAAGUGGUAUGAUUAUUGAUAUGGUUGGAGCAGAUAUUGUUAGUAUAGUAUUGAGUAGUUGUGUUGUGAUUUCAACAUUGGUGGGAGCAUUAUCACCACCUAAUUUCCCAUUAAUGUUAGUAUCAAGAUUUAUAUUAGGAUUUGCAGGAGAAUCAUUAAUUUCAUGUUCAAAUACAAUAAUGUCAAAAUGGUUUCAUUCAAGAACUUUAUCAUUAUGUAUGGGAGUACUUGUUGGUUGGAUUUAUUCAGCCAAUUUCAUCUCUCUAACUAUAUUACCAUCAAUUAAAAAACGUUUAGGAUUUAAAUUAAGUUUAUGGAUAAUUUUCUUUAUAGCUUUAUUAGGUCUAUCUUUAAACAUUCUUUAUCUAUUAAUUAAAAAUAAUUUUAAUGAUAUUAAACAAUAUCAAUCAAAUGAAGAAAAAGAUAAAUUAUUAAAUAAUUAUAAUAUUAAUAAUAAUAUUAAUAAUAAUAAUAAUAAUAAUAAUAUAAUAAUUAUUGGAGAUAUUAAUAAUAAUAAAGUUAAUAAUAAUGAAGAUGAUAAAGAAGUUUUAUUAAAUAUUAAUAAUAAUAAUAAUAAUAAUAAUAAUAAUAAAAUUUUAAAAUUAAUAAUUAAUUUUAAAGAUAAAGUUAAAUCAAUUUUAAUUCAAGUACCAAUUAGAAUGUGGUUAAUUGUUGGAAUUGUAUUUUUUGGAUAUACAGCAUUAUUUGGGUUGGCAAUUAUUGGACCUGAUUUUUUAGGUCAAAAGUAUGGUUUUAAUGAAUCCCGAGCAGCAUUAAUUUUAUCAAGUGAACAUAUAGUUAGUGCAACAUUUUCACCAAUUGUUGGGAUAUUAAUAAAGAGAUUUACAAAGAGAAUACUUGUAUUACUGAUAUCAUUGGUGAUUAUGAUAAUUGGGUUAACAUUACUAUUGACAACAAAUGUUUAUCCAUUAUGGUGGAUUGUAAUUUGUGGUAUUGGUUAUUCAAUGUUAAAUACAACAAUAGUUUCAUCAAUUCCAAUCAUUGCACCACAAUCAAUUAUUGGUACAUGUUAUGGAUUCAUUGGAACUUCAUAUAAUUGUGGUUUAAUUGUGUUUCCAUAUUUACUUGGUUCAUUAAAAGAAUCAUUUGGAAAUUAUAAUAUUUCAAUUACAAUUCUAAUUGGUAAUUGUAUUAUAUCAAUACUAUUACUUUGUUUAUUAAAAUAUUUUGAUUUAAAAGAAUCAAUUUUAAAUAAAAGAUUAGAUAAUUAA